CAUGCAAAACCUAUACAUUUGCCACGUCAUAACGGGCUAGCUGUCUUCCCCAACACGAUCGUGCCCCAGCGAGUGUGGUUAUCAAUCAAACAUCACGAGAGCAUUAUCCACCGCACCCCCCGGCCCCCGGACGAUCUAAUCCGCGGUGCCGCUUCUAUACUUCAAAAUAACUCGACCACACCACCGGCAACUUCUCCGGGAAUUUCCAUCGCCACCUUCGAUCUCCUUUCUUCUAAGGAGGAAUAAAAGGUUAAGGGACGAUGAGUGAGGUUUUUGAAGGAUACGAACGCCAAUACUGCGAGCUCUCCGCGAACCUUUCAAGAAAGUGUACGGCGUCUUGUGCUCUCCAUGGAGAGCAAAAGAAACAGAAAGUUGCCGAGAUAAAGUCCGGAAUUGAUGAAGCGGAAUCUUUGAUCCGAAAAAUGGAUCUGGAAGCAAGAAGUUUGCAGCCUAAUAUUAAGGCUGUCCUUCUUGCUAAGUUGAGGGAAUAUAAAUCAGAUCUGAACAAUCUGAAAAGUGAAGUCAAAAGAAUUGUAUCUGGUAACUUAAAUGCAGCUGCCAGAGAUGAGUUGUUGGAAUCGGGCAUGGCAGACGCACUCACGGCAUCUGCUGACCAGAGAACAAGAUUAAUGAUGUCAACGGAGAGAUUAGGCAAAUCUGGUGACAGAAUUAAGGAAAGCAGAAGAACCAUACUGGAAACAGAGGAGCUUGGUGUUUCAAUUCUUCAAGAUUUGCAUUCUCAGCGACAGUCUCUCUUGCAUGCUCAUAACACGCUGCAUGGAGUGGAUGAUAACAUAGGAAAGAGCAAGAGAAUACUGACUGCCAUGUCAAGGAGAAUGGCUAAGAACAAGUGGAUAAUUGGCAUCAUUAUUGCAGUUCUUGUCAUCGCGGUCAUCUUGAUCUUGUAUUUUAAACUUUCUAAAUAGCUAGGAAAUUUUCUCCUGUUGAGCUUGUGGGGGUGUCACCGGGGGACUUGUUUUCUUUUUUCUUCUCUUUAUACUGUUGUUGGUUCUUUUUGUGAGCUUGUAAUUUGAGUGCUAACACAAAGAUACUUUGCUGUGCGGUAACAGCUGCAUGAUAUGCUUUUGUUCAUCGUUGGAUGUCACAAUGUGUGCUCUAA